ACACAUAUGUUUACUGCCUCUUUCAAAGUUGUCUGCAUUUCUCUGCACCAGAGCUACUUUUAUGCUUGUUUACUGCAGUAGUCAUGGUGUUCCAUUCUUCCCCACAGUGGCACAUACAGUAGUACCUAACUUCAACAAUAAAACAGCAGGAUCACCAAGAGGUUGUUGAAACCUUGCCGAGGCAAUUUGUUUUCAAGGGAAGCAUAAGUCUGUAUAUGUAUUUUUUCAGCUGUUUUAAUAACUGAUUAACCAGAAGAAAGAAACAAAGGGACAUCUGAAACAAUGUGUAAUGCUGAAAUCUGUUAGGAAGCAGAAUGACUCAGAUGCACAGCAGCAAGUGUGGUGUUGAAAGUGAAUUUGAGAGCCGCUGUGUUUCAUUACACAUAAUGAAACAGCUGAAAGUGAUUCAGUCUGUUCAGAGGUUACCACAGAGUAUUUGGCCAGUGUUCAGUAAUCCCCUGUGCCCCUCCACAAAAAUCCUGCAGCAGUAUUUCUUUCACUUGAAUUAACCCAAACCUAUUCAGCAGAUGACCUUAUGCUUGGGGAAAACACAAAAGGUGAUUAUAAGGUGACAUGCUGCCAAAGUAAUAUGAUGUCUCUUGGCGUAUUUUCUUGCAUGUUCUUCUACAAACUUUCACACAUUUGACUUAAUAAUUGAAAACAUUAAAUUGUUUGGCUAUUUACACAAAAAUGACCUCAAGAGAAUGGUUAGUUAAUCAUGUUUUAAGAAAAUUGAGUGUCACUUUAUGUUCUUUGGCAGACCUUAAUCCGUCCAUCCAUUGUCUGUAGGGCCGUGUGGGAGCUGGUCAUUUUGUCCAGCGGUCAUUGGGUGAAAGGUGUGGUACACCCUAGACAGGUUGCUAGUCCAUCACGGGGCAACACAGGGACACACAGGUCAUAUAACCAUGCACACACAUACACUCGCAAUUUAACAGUUCUGUUUUUGACUAUUGGGAGGAAGCCAGAGUACUGGGGGAAAACCCAUGAAUUCACUGGGAGAACGUGAAAGCUCCAUAUAUAAAAACCCCAGGCCAACUCAUCAGUUGCUGAGAAAAGGUUUACUUGAACUCAGAUUUAGUUUGAAAUUUAACUUUGAAACUUCAGCUCAAACCACAAUUCUAAUAUUGUCCUUUCUGUUACAUUUUUCUUUACGGUAACUUAAUUUCUUGUUAUGUGGACUUACUAAUCAGCUGUCUGCACCUGGUAUAUCGUUUUUAUUUUAAUAUUGCUCUACAUGUGUAUGGUUUUCAAACAUAUGCUUUCAAUAGUUGUCAACACAAAUAACGUAACAACAGCAGGUUUUGGGAGAGAGUUCUUUAAUUAGAAUUUAAAAAAACCUUUUCUAACCUUUGCAGAUACUAUAAAACUCAAAACUUUUAUUUUUGCCAUUUUUUUCAUGUGUUUUUUGAUCAUAAGUCUCUUAAAAUAUAUUUUUGCACACAUCUUUUUUACGUUAGAACUUAGAUAACUGAAAUAAUUCCGAAUUGUAAGGGUCUAAAAAACAACUUUCAAAUAGCCGAAGUGUUUAUUUUUCAUCGGAAAUAACUGAUAUGAAUGCAUUUGUUUUUAAUAUGUAGUUUAACUGUUUAUCAUAUGAUAAACGGUUUUCCAUACCAUUCAAAAAUAGUCUACAUACCGACAAAAGAGCGUCCUAUAUAAAAAAAAAAAAAAAUCUUUGCAACAGUGGUCAACAUUUUAGAAUAUGUACCAUAUACCAACAAGAAAGCACACAAACCUUUAGAAAAAUGUAUACAAAUGUCAUCCGUAACACACAUUUAGCCCACACCUAACAGCUAAAAUCUGUUUCUAGGGGAAAUUUUCUCUUGAUUUCUGCCCACGCCAGCAGGAGUCUCCCGUUCCCAUAGUAACAAGCCUUCCAUUAGAGCCGUAGGUUAAAAAAAAAAAAGUUAGCUUCCCAGCGGUCGUCGGGAGUCUUAAUGUGUCCUAAGCCAAGCAUUUUUGCGGUUCGCCGACUCUUAAGUCCUUUCUAUUUCAUUUUUAUUACUUGUUAAUUCAAAGCGAAGUAAUAUUUCAGCGCAGUGCAUUUACAAAGUAGAAGAAACAGCUCGGCAAGGCUCGCUGUGAAAGCUAGCCGAACCCUCUCUGUCAGAGGCUCUGCUUAAGUAUCAGUGUCCGGAAGUUCUGCGAGGGGGGAGAAAGGGGAGAAAGGCAUGAAAAGAAGGAGCUGGAAGAAACUCUAGAGCAAGUAUCUUCGUGCUUUCUAUUCUAAAACGACGCGGUAUGUGAAAGAUUUGUUUGCACCCAGCGGUUCAGAUUACUGAGAGAUCUUGUUUGUAGUUUGAUUAAUUAAUAGCGGUGUGUCCUGAGUUAUCGAUGGGUCUUCCGACGCUGGAGUUCAGUGACUCCUUGCUGGAUAGUCCGGAGUUCAGAGAACGGCUGCAGUGCCAUGAAAUAGAGCUGGAGAGAACCAACAGGUUUAUAAAAGACCUGAUCAAAGAUGGAAACAUGCUCAUAUCUGCCCUCAGAAGUCUGUCUCUGGCAGUGCAGCGGUUCUCUCAGUCUCUGCAGGAGUUCCAGUUUGAAUGUAUUGGAGAUGCAGAGACAGAUGAUGAAAUCAAUAUAGCUCAGUCCUUGAAGGAGUUCUCUCAGCUCUUAAGCACGAUGGAAGAGGAGAGAAAACGACUGAUCCAGAAUGCCGAUGACGUCUUGAUCUCACCACUUGAGAGGUUUCGGAAGGAGCAGAUCGGAGCUGUUAAGGAGGAAAAGAAGCAGUUUGAUAAGGAGACAGAGAGGUAUUACUCUGUGCUGGAAAAGUAUCUCAGUGUGUCCUCCAGGAAGAAGGAAUCCCAGCUGCAGGAGGCUGACUCACAGAUGGACAAAGAUAGGCAGAUUUUUUACGAUGCAUCUCUUCAGUAUGUCUUCAAGAUUCAAGAAGUGCAGGAACGAAAGAAGUUUGAGUUUGUGGAGCCAUUAUUAGCCUUCCUCCAGGGGUUGUUUACAUUCUACCACGAGGGCUAUGAGCUGGCCAAUGAGUUUGAACCCUACAAGCAGCAGCUCCAGUUUAAUCUGCAAAAUGCUCGUAACAACUUUGAAAGUACUCGUGUUGAAGUUGAGAGGCUCAUGAAAAGGAUCAGGUCUGCUGAAGAUGACUUCAAAGCCCCCAGCUGCUUCGCCAUGGAGGGAUUUCUGUACAUACAAGAGAAACGCCCAUUGGGAAGUGUGUGGACCAGAUACUACUGUACCUAUGAGAGAAGCUCAAAGAUGUUCACCAUGAGCAACACGGAGACCAGACCAGCCAGCAGACAGAAUGGUGUGGUGACUGGCGCCCCAGAUAUGUUCAGGCUACGCUCAUGCGUCCGAAGGAAGACAGAUUCAAUCGACAAGCGCUUCUGCUUUGACAUUGAGGUGGUGGAGCGACAUGGCGUCAUUACUCUACAAGCCCUGUCAGAGGCCAACAGGCGGCUGUGGAUGGAGGCAAUGGAUGGAAAAGAGCCUAUUUACACUCUUCCUUCUCUGCUCAGUAAAAAAGAGGAGACAUUUCUCAACGAAGCGGGCUUCAACUUUGUUAAGAAGUGUGUUGAGCUGGUUGAAACCAGAGGCCUGAUGAACCUUGGACUGUACAGGACAGGGGGAGUAAACUCAAAAGUGCAGCGGCUGAUGGCGAGCGCGUUUGCUACCAGUGCACCCUCCGAUAUGCAGCUGGAUGCAGAUAUCUGGGACAACAAGACCAUAACCAGUGGUCUGAAAGAUUAUUUUAGGUGUUUGGCAGAGCCAUUACUGACCUACAGGCUCCAUAAAGAAUUCAUCAGGGCUGCAAAGUAUGAUGACCAGACGUACAGAGUGAGAGCAAUUCAUGCUCUUGUGCACAAACUUCCAGAAAAAAACAAAGCAAUGUUGGACAUCUUAACGAAUCAUCUUCACAAGGUGUCCUCUCACAGUGAUCAGAACCUGAUGACUGUAUCUAACCUCGGGAUGAUCUUCGGGCCCACGUUGAUGAGGUCACAGGAGGAGACGGUGGCCGCCAUGAUGAAUAUCAAGUUUCAGAACAUUGUGGUGGAGAUAAUCAUUGAAAACCACGACAAAAUCUUUGGUGAGGCUCCGGACUUGUCAGUGCCGCUGCCUCAAGCUCCGUCCUCUCGGUCGACUCCAAGGAGAGGCAAGGCCAUCUGUCUGUCAUCUGGAAAGAGAAAGGCCCGUCUGUAUACUCCUGCUCUCUGCCUGGCAGAAAAUGACAGUGACACAUUCAGCAGCAGCCCCGAUACAACUCCGAUGGGCAGCCAGGAGUCGUUGUCCUCACACUCCUCUGAGAAGAAUGGAUUGUCUAAGACAUCUCCUCCAUCUUCUCCUGCUGCUGAGGCUGGCCCACCCACCACAACACAGUUUUCUCCUCCUUCGGCUUCCUCCAGCUCGCCACCACACAACACCACCAAUGGGAAAGAUCAGAAAGACCUACCAGACAGAGCGCCUUCCCCCCGCCUCACGCCUUCCUGUUCCUGGACCUCCGCUCCACUCUCCUCGGUCGAGCAGACUUCCUCUGUGUCCUCCUCCACAUCCUCUUUACUCUCUGCAGUGGAGAGGUCUUUCAACAGAAACUCAACCGCUUCUUUGUCUUCGGCAAAAGAUUCAAGAUCUGCGUCCGCAACGUCGGUCCAGCCCUCAUCGGGGGAUCGUUCCUCAUCUGUCAGGGAGGGCGGACCUCUUCAGAAAGCAGCUUCCAUCUCCUCCCUGAAGAGCACUCAUUCAGUGGAGCAAAGAAACACAUCCUGUGUUGAAGUCACAGAAGUUAGAGGGACAAACUCAACCUCUCCUCCACAACAUAGCACUGCCUCCUCCUCUUCUUCUUCCUCCUCUUCUCUGUUUCCCUACCGGCUUUCCACAUCAUCCUCUCUCACCUCCCUGCACAUUUCAGAAGAUUACAAAAGCUGCCACGGAUCAGUGCAGAGCCUCAUGUCGCUGGACCAACAGGAGAGAUUAAAAGCACAUAAAGGACACCACCGCUGUGGCUCUGAUCUGAUCCCGAAGCACGCUGCAGCUACAUCCAGCAACGGCUAUUCAAGGCCUGUCUCAUUAUUAUCAAUCAGGCAGCCUCAGCGUGAGAGUUCUGUGUUCUCCUCAGCAUUAGACAUUUGUCCCUCAGGAAGGGAAGCAAAAGCCAUGUAUUCCUGUGAGGCAGAGCACAGCCAUGAACUCAGUUUUCCACAGGGGGCGCUGUUCACAAAUGUGGGUCCAUCUGUGGAACCAGGUUGGCUUCAGGCGACAUAUAAGGGCAGAACUGGCCUCGUACCUGAAAAUUACAUCAAAUAUGUCUGACAAGGAUGAUGAACUGUCAGCAAGUGAAAGAAUCACGAAGGUCCAACUCAGAUGUUAAGGGUUGUUUAUAAAGAAUAAAAGAAACCUAAUACUGUAACUGUGACUAUUAUCACUGACUACUGUGGAGAAAUAUGAGUAAUCAGCCUACUGUAUAGAGCGCAGUAGAUGUUAAUACUUGACUUGUACGGCUUAGUUUCUCAGUACUUAUCAUCGCCUCUUAUGUUUUUUGUUUAGCAGACUGAAAAUGUUAUGUGUUCAGUAAACAUGUGUAAAAGGUACAUAGAAGCAGUAUUUUUCUAUUAAUCAUGAUAAUUUAUGUUUUAAUGUUUCAUUAGUCUGUCUAGAAAAUCAGUGUUCACACCUCAGUGCCUUAAACUGUAUGAACUUUUUUCCUAUACCCUCUCUGUCAGCUUCACUGCUGUCUGAAUAAAAACAAACUGAGCAAAC